AUGAAUGUUAUGGUACAUGUAGCCCAAAUGCUGGGUGUACUGUCUAAAAGCCCUGAGAAAAAUUUCCAAUGGACAGACGUGUCACCUGGGCCACCUUAUGAUGACUUCUUAUCUCUUGGCGGGUACUGUGGCACUAGUAUUUGUAAUGCACACAGUGGAUUUCAUGCCUAUAAUUGUAGUACAGGAGCUUAUGGGGCCACCAGUGUUCUCUUCAGUAAUACUGAGGACAUUAGGAAAAGUAACAUACCCCUGCUAUGGAAUAACAAGACAGCCAAGGCCUUACCGCCCAACGUGUUUCUAAUAUGUGGUGACAGAGCAUGGCAGGGGAUACCGAGGAAUGCCUAUGGUGGGCCCCGCUAUUUAGGGAGGCUUAGUCUCUUUGCCCCUCACCAUCGGAAUUGGCUGAACAUAACCAAACUGUCAGGCCUGGUAAGGCGGGAGAAACGUUCAAUAUCCGCACUAGGUCCGGACUGUAAGGAUGAUGUAGAGCUUUGGUCUUUCACCGCUAGGGUGUUUGCCUCCCUUUUCGCACCUGGGGUUGCUGCUGCCCGGGCAUUGCGACAAAUAGAUAAAUUGGCAUGUUGGUCAGUUAAACAAGCCAAUGUAACGACCGACAUUUUACAGCAGCUGCUAGUAGAUCAGAAUAGCCUUAGACACGCUUUGCUUCAGAACCGCGCCGCUAUAGACUUCCUAUUGCUUGCCCAGGGCCAUGGGUGUGAAGAUUUUGAAGGUAUGUGUUGCUUUAAUCUGUCAGAUCAUAGUGAGUCAAUUCACAAAAAACUGACAUGGUUGAAGGAACAUACGCAGAAGGUAAAGCAGGAGACGAGCCCCUUUGAUGAAUGGCUCCAGUCUCUUGCUGGUGGACUUUCACCAUGGCUCCUGAGCCUUAUUAAGGAAGUGCUUCGCUUGCUAGGAAUAGUUCUCCUUGUACUCUUGAUUAUUAGGAUAGCCUACUCAUGCAUCUUUCGUGGUGUGGAGAAAGCAACCCGGGCACCCAUUCUGCUGGCCCAAAAACAAAACGGGGGAAUUGUUGAGGAAUGGCUAAGAGAGAAUGGGCAUGGAGAAUAUAUGAAAUUGGUGGGUCAGCAGAAUGAAGAGAUUGCAACAUGCUGAUGUGACAAAGUGACCAAGGACACUGUCCUUGGGCAAAGUGGUAAACAAGGGGAAAAAGGAUGUGUUUCCUGUUGCGAAGAAGGAACACAAUACUUGUUUUGAAGGAAAGGACCACACAAGUGCAUCCCGUAGAGCUAUAGAUAAGCAAUUGCUGACAGUGGAAUACCUUAGCUGCUUGCUAUAAAAGAACGCUGCUGCUCCAAUAAAGUUGUCACCUGCUUAUAAUCCAUA